AUGCAAGAUGUUUGGCGCACCGGAAUUAACUGGGACGACGCGCUGCCACCGAAUCUGCUAGCUGUCUGGAAGGCGUGGGCAUCGGAGCUCGAAUUCAUCGCAAAACUGAAGAUACCCCGCUGUUUUCGAAAACAGUCGAAGCCACUGGAAUACGAGCUACACGUAUUCACCGACGCCUCCAAAGCUGGUUUUGGUGCGUGCGUCUAUAUACGCACGAAAUACGGCGAAGAGAAUUUUUCUUUAAAUUUAAUCCUUGCAAAGGCUCGAGUCGCUCCUCUGCGUCAAUUGUCCAUCCCUCGCUUGGAGCUGCAAGGAGCCGUCCUCGGUGCCAGAUUGUGUGCCAGCGCCGUAAAAGAGCUCGGACCAAUCGCUUCCAACGUGACCUACUGGUGCGACUCUCAGACUGUCCUCCAGUGGAUCCAUCCGACAAGGUGCAAAUAUCACGCAUUUGUCGCCCAUCGCAUAACGGAGAUCGCCGAUACCAGCAAAGCAAGUCAAUGGCGUCAUUUGCCCGGCAAUCUCAAUCCAGCCGACGACUGUUCAAGAGGAAUUUCGGCAAUCCACCUGACGACUCAGCACCGAAUUAUGCGCGUUGGCGGAAGGCAUGCGCAUUCCGUCCAUUCCACAUGCGUCCAUUCCGGAAUUCGCCAAGCAUCCUAUCAUCCUGGAUCCCACCAGUCAACUCUCCACCAUGUUGAUCCGGGAGGCACAUGA